AUGGAGGUCAGCGCCGAACAGGUGUCAGCUUUCCUGCGGACGCACUCCGACUUCCUGGAGCGCUACGUGCUGGAGGAGGUGGAGCUGGAGCAGCUGGAACGCUGGAUGAUCCGCAGCACGCAGCGCGCCAAGGCGCGGGCCGACCCCUCCAACCAGGCCAGUAAAAACGGGAGGAAGACCAGUCUCUCACGAUGGAAGUUCUGCGUGCACGCGGACAAGCGGCAGAUGCUGCAGGAGCUGACGCGGUCGCUGCAGCAGCGGCCCACCAAGGGCCACGUGCUGUGGGAGUUGGCCGGCUGCAUCUGCUCCGCCGUGGGCGCCGACGGCUACCGCCUCUACCUGGCAGACCGCGGCGACCCCGACCUGCUGGGCCUCUACCUGGGACAGGACGACAGGAGCGAGAGCGGCGAGCCCAAGGUGCAGCGGCUGGCGGCGGGCCCCGCGGCGCCGACGUUCGUGGCCAAGGCCAGGGAGCCGCUGCGGCUGUCGCGCGGCGAGCACGACCCGCGCUUCCCCGACGGCUUCCCCCUCAAGAACGACGUGGGCCACGUGCUGUACCAGCCGGUGCUGCAGCCCGACGGGCAGCUGGUGGCCGUGCUGGAGAUGUGGCGCUCGCUGCCGGGGCUCGCCUUCCACGAGGAGGACGAGGAGAUCGCCUCCAGCUACCUGGUCUGGGGCGGCAUCGCGCUCCACUACGCACAGCUCUACCUCUCCAUGAACAAGCAGCGCAAGCUCAACGACUUCCUGCUCGCCGUCGUCAAGUCCAUCUUCCAGGACAUGGUGAGCAUGGACGCGCUGGUGAUGAAGAUCAUGAACUUCGCGCAGCGCCUGGUGGACGCGGACCGCGCCUCGCUCUUCCUGGUGGACAGCAAGAGCAAGGAGCUGUACGCGCGCAUCUUCGACGUCGGCGUCUCCAGCGGCGACGAGGACGGCGACAGCAACCUCUCCGACUCGGGCGACUCCGUGCUCAAACCGCCGGCGUCCAAGGAGAUCAGGUUCCCCGUGGGCACGGGCAUCGCCGGCCAGGUGGCGCUCACGGGGGAGGUGCUCAACAUCGCCGACGCCUACUCGGACCCGCGCUUCAACCGCACCGUCGACCAGAUCACCGGCUACCACACGCGCUCCAUCCUCUGCAUGCCCAUCUUCAUCCGCGGCAACAUCAUCGGCGUCGUCCAGAUGGUCAACAAGCACACCGGAACCUUCACCAAGGAGGACGAGGAGGCGUUCGAGAUGUUCGCGGUGUACUGCGGGCUGGCGCUGCACCACGCCAAGCUGUACGACAAGAUCGCGCGCUCCGAGCAGAAGUACCGCGUGGCGCUGGAGGUGCUGAGCUACCACAACACGUGCGGCGAGGCCGAGGUGCAGCAGGUGCGCGAGCGCGGCAUCCCGGACGCCAUGCCCGGCGUCGACGAUUAUUAUUUCAACGUGUUCAAGCUGGAUGACUACGAGAAGGCGCGCCACGCUAUAUUCAUGUUCAAAGACCUGUUCGGACUGUCUUCGUUCGAUUGUGAUAGCCUCAUCAGAUUCACGUUGACCGUCCGGAAGAAUUAUCGCCGUGUGCCCUACCACAAUUGGACUCACGGCUUCUCUGUCGCAAACUCAAUGUACUCCAUCCUGAAGCACUCGAGGGCUGCCUUCAAGCACAACGAGUGUCUCGCCUUGUACAUUGCUUCGCUGUGCCAUGACUUGGAUCAUCGUGGGAAAAAUAACAAGUUUAUGUUGGACACAGAAUCGCCGUUAGCUGCCAUCUACAGCACGUCCACCAUGGAACAUCAUCAUUUUAAUCAAACAGUUACCAUUCUGCAGCAGAAAGGCCACAAUAUAUUCUGUAAGCUGUCCAACAGUGAUUACAAGCAAGUGUUGAGCCUCAUGAAGCACUGCAUACUUGCAACAGAUCUCGCUGUCUUCUUCCCUAACAGAACAAGGCUAUCGGAAAUUGUAGCCGACCAAACAUUUUCUUGGACCAAUAUGGAGCACAGGUUACUACUGCAGGCCAUUGCUAUGACGGCUAGCGACCUCUCAGCUAGUGCGAAGCCGUGGGAUCUACAAGUGGAGACUGUUAAAGUCAUUUUCGAGGAGUUUUAUGAGCAGGGUGACGCAGAAAGAGCGGCCGGAAGGACGCCGAUCCCGAUGAUGGACCGCCGGCAGCCGGACCAGCAAGCCGCCUCACAGGGCGAUGCUGAGAAGUUGGCGGGCCAAAUGCCCGCCCCUCUCAUGGAUCGCGACAAGAAAUGUGACCUUGCAGAAAUUCAGGUGGGAUUCCUGACCAGCAUCUGUAUACCAUGCUACUCCUUAUUGCACCAACUGAUACCAGAGACGAAACCUUUACUUGACCAAUGUCACGCCAAUUUGGCAAGAUGGCGAAAGAUUGAUGAAGAGGAUAAAUUACGUCGGGCGAAAGGUCUUCUGCAGCCAGUAAAUGAUAUUCUUCAAGGGCUCGCUUCUCAGGCAGCACCACCACCCCUUGCAAAUGACGAAAUGACGAGCAGAAAUAGCGAUACUACCAACAAUACCUGAAGUGUAUGAUGAGUGGAAUACUGUAUGACCCCCAUCAGAUGACUCAUGAACAACAAACAAAAAUACUAAAGAAACAUCUUCAUCUUUCCAUGGUAAAUAAACUGUAAGAUGUCCUGAAUGUGGGCUUGAAUCUAUAAUUUUCUUUUGUGAUGUUGGACUUCACGUAUUUGGAUAUGAAAAGAAGUAUAACACAUUCAAAUAACUGAACUUCUCUACAAUUUUCAAGUUCUGUGCUAUAUAGUGUUUGUCAUUAAAAAUAGUGUGGAGUAUGAAAUGUAUUUAAAGACCUAAAAUUUCUGCAAAAAGGAAAAACACUUAUUUAAUAUUAUUAAAUCAUUGUUCUAGUCAUAUAUAGCUAAAUCAGCUAACCCACCCAAAUGAUAUGAAGUAUAAUCUUCCAAUUACACAAAUAGAUUCUAUGAUGUUGUCUUGAUUGAGAAUGAUGUUGCAUUCUGAGGUAUGAGACAUGCUGACUAUCAAACUUGUUAAGUUCCUGUUUGUAAACAGCCAAAUAUCUGCUGAAACGGGCCUCAUUUCUCAUGUCAGUUAUUUAUUACAUAUCUAAGUAGUCUUUAUAUUAAAAACACUAAUUACACUUCAUGGCUGUUCAUCAACAAGUGUGUCAUGUUAUAGGAUCUUCAUAUUUUAUGUGAACUGCUAUAGUUUUAUCCUAGAAGGAAACUAUAUCCCUCAGUGACAUUUUCCAGGUUGCAUUGCUUGCAAACCGCAAAGUAAUGUUUCCAUCAGUGGUAAUACCACAAUUUUAUUCAUGUCGAUUAGAAGUGGCACACAUGUUUCAGUUUUUAGCAAACCUUCUUGUAUUUACAUUGUACCUUGGUUUUCUUUCAUUUUAUUAGCUUUUUGGUAUAUUUUCACUAUUUGUUACUUCAGUUUCUGCAAACAACACACCACUUACAGAAUUUCAUUUUGAUUACUUUUCAAUCAUAAAUUUCAAAUAAGUACUCAUAUAUUAUCUGCAUUUGUUAGA